GUGCAAGAAAAACCGCAAGAGCGACUGCAGUAGUUUAUGACAAUGGGACUGGAAAAAUUACAGUGAAUGGAGUUAGCCUUUUAAGUUACUUCCCAGUGCUGCAGGACAGAGAACAGCUGUUGUUCCCUUUCCAGUUCCUUGACAAAGUUGGAAAACAUGAUAUGGUUUGCACAGUGUCUGGCGGAGGAAGAUCUGCACAGGCUGGAGCAAUACGUUUAGCCUCUGCAAAAGCCUUAAGGAGUUUCGUGACAGAAAAGGAGGUAGAAUUCAUGAGGCAAGCUGGGCUACUAACACCUGACCCGCGUGUGAAGGAACGCAAGAAGCCUGGUCAGGAGGGAGCCAGACGGAAAUUCACCUGGAAAAAGCGCUAA